AUGGAUAAGUUUAAAAUUUGUAAGAAAAAGGUCUUGGGAAGUUUGAAGAAGAAUAAAUUUAUUAAAAAGAAAUAUGAGAAAUUUAAGGAUAAGAAAGAUUAUAUAGAAAAUGAUUUUAUUACUAAUUCGAUAAUAAAAUAUCUUAAUAAAGAGAAAUAUGAAAAUAAAACGAAGAAAGUAGAAAUUAAUGAAUUUAUAGGUGAAGAUGAAAAUUUAAAAGUAAAGCUAUAUGGGAAGGAAGAUAUAGAAGAAGAGGAUAUCAUAAAACGUUGUUUAUUUUGUGAUAAAGAUAAUAAAAUAUUGCAACAAUUAAGUUAUCGAAUUCUUUAUGAUGUUAUGAAAAAAUGUAUAGAUCAUGAAAAUGUUUUAAUGAAAAUUGAAGAAUUAGGUUUCACUGCUGAUAAUAUAAAAGAUGAAAAAGAUGAAAAUAUUAAUAUUUGUUCAAAAUAUAAAGUAGAUACUUUUUUAGAUUAUAUAUAUAAAAAUUUAAAUAUUAUAAAAUUUACUAAGAAUUUUCAAGGUUUAUGUAAAUUUAUUCAUCUAAUAAAAUCAGUUAUAUUUAUUAUUCCAUAUGUUUACAAAGUGAAGUUUUUAUUUUUCUUCUGUUCUAUUUUUAAUAUAUACCAAAAAGAAUAUGAAAGUGGAAAACAAAAUGAUUCAAAUAUUCAUAAUAAAAAUAAUAAAAAAGAAUAUACUAAUUUAAUAAAUAUUGUAGAUGAAGAUGAAUUUUUUACUUUAUAUUUUGAAAUAAUUAAUCACCUUAUUAAUUUAAAAGAUAAUUAUAAUUCUUAUGAUGAAAAUUAUAUGAUUUUUAAUUAUUUUGUGUUACGAUGGAUUUUAAUAUUCUUUAAAAAUAAAAAUCAAUUUUUCCUUUCCCAAAAAAAAAUGAGCUCCUUAAUUAAAUCAAAAUAUGUAAUUUUAUUAUUUUCAUUAUUAAAAAAGGUGCAUGAAAGUUCAAAUGUGUUGGUAAAUUUUGAUACAUCUACAAAUGAGAAGGAUACCUCAUUAAGUGUUAAUAAAAAUAAUGGGCACAUGUUAAAUGAAUCCUAUAAUAAUAUGAAUGAGAGUGACCCAUUUUUAUCACAAAAUUAUAAUCAAAGUAAUUAUAUAAAUAAUAUAUACAAUAAUAAUAAUAUGAAUGAUUAUAGUUAUGAUGAUAAUAUGAAUGAUAUAAAUUUAUUGGAUAAGCUAACUUUAAAUGUAUCCAAUAAAAGAAACACGCACAACCAACUUAAUAUGAAUAAAAGUAUAAUGAAUGAAAAAAUAUAUAAUAAUAUAUCGUUUUUAAAAAAUAUGAUUGUGACAUUUUAUGAUAAAGUUGAUAUGAAUAUCGAAAAAGAAAUUAAAGAAGUAAAAGAUAAUAUGAAUGUGUUAACACAAAAUAUAUUUAUAAAUGUUUAUAAUAUAUUAAAUUCUACACAUGUGAUACAUAAGCACAUGAUUCUUUUAUAUUUUUCUUUUAAUUUUUUAAAGAUAUCUUCUUAUGAAUAUUCUUAUUUUAUUGUUGUAAAUGCCUUUAAUUUACUUAAUAAUUUAUUAACCCUUCAAAAUUUUGUAAUACAUCCAUUACUAUUUUUAUGUAUCCAGGAAGUGUUAACGUUUUAUGAAAAUAUUAUUAUUCAUUUAUAUAAAGAAAAAGGUAAUGAAUUAAAUGAGGAAUUUUAUAUAUUUGUACAAAAGUUUAAUAAUAAGCAUAAAAAUAUUUAUUCCAAAUUAAUUAGAAGGAUAUGGAGUUUAUAUAUGUUAAUAAUAUCUGAUGAUUAUGUGAAAAAUAGUAAUAAUAAAGAGGAUAUCAAAAUAAAUGGUGAAAAUUCUGUUUAUGGUAAAUCAUAUUUUCAAAUGAAACAUGAUCAAAAGGUGGAUGUACAAAUGAAUGGACAAAUGAAUGGACAAACAAAUGGACACAUAAAUGGACAAACAAAUGGACACAUAAAUGGACAAACAAAUGGACACAUAAAUGGACAAACAAAUGGACACAUAAAUGGACAAAUUCAUCAAUAUAAUAACCAUAUUCAGAAUGAUAAUAUAACGGGCAUUAUUAAAUUACUCGAUUUAGAUUUCUCAAACGAAUACAAAUCCUUUUUAUUAAACAAUAUAAAUAAUACAUAUCGAAGCUCCUUAAUAAAUUGUCUAUGUAUUUCAUACCGUAUUUUAGGGUUAGAUUAUUUUUUGGAUGAGUACUUUUUUUUUACUCAUAAAGAGUUAUUAGCAAAAGAUAUAUUUUUAUUAAAUAAAAUUAUUAAAGAUAGUAACAACUUAUAUUAUGGUGGAAAUUUUAAAUUUUUGAUGAAUUUUUUUUAUCCCCUAUUAAUUUUUUACAUAGAUUUAUAUGAAAAAGAAGAAGAACAUACAAUAAAAAAAAAGCAAUAUAUGGUGUAUAUAAAAAAUGUAUUAAAUCAUUUUGCUUCAUGUUUAAAUGAUUGUAUGAAUUUAUAUUAUUUUUUAUCUACGAAUAUAGAAGAUUUAUAUGUAUUAAUAGCAAAAUUUAUAAAUUGCAAUGAUUUUAAUUUAUUACCAAAUUUUAUAUAUUUUUUUCAAAGGCUUUUUUUGUCAACCUUAAAAAUAAAUGAAGGAGAGAAAAAAAUGAUAUUUCUUUUAUCGAAUGAGAAAGAAAAUAAAAUUAAAAAUACACAAUGUAAAUAUACCCAAAUAAAUAUUCAAAAAAAUAUUUAUUUCUUAAAUAACAUAGCGGAUAAUUUAUUAAAACUUUUUAUACCUAGAUUUAUAUCAGUAGUGUCAUAUAGUUUUGAACAGAAAUUUAUAUCAAAUAUAAAUAAUAAUAUAAAUGAUAAUAUAAAUGAUAAUAUAAAUGAUAAUAUAAAUAAUAAUAAUAAUAAUAAUAUAAAUGUACAUAUGGUAGUAGGUACAUUUUCAAAUCUUAUACAGUUAUGUCUAUACUUUUCUAAGGAUACCGAUUUUAAUGAAAUGCUAACAAUACUAGAACAACUUAUAUUAAGAAACGAAAUUGAAAAGGAGAUAUUUUCUUUAAUUAGUUUGUUGACAUCUAUAAAAAUAUUUAUACCAUUUUUUAACUUGCAUCAAAUUAACAUGUGCUCUGUAUAUUAUCAAAAAUUGAUACAUAUGAUAAAUGUUAUUUAUGAAAUGAAAUAUACAAAUUUAAAUAAAUUAAAUAAAAAAAAGAGUAAGCCUAAACAGAUGAAAAGUAUUAAUGUGUCAGAAAAAUUGUAUUGUCAAAAUGCGAAGACACUAAGAGAUCAUACCAAUGUCAAUAAUAUUAAUGAAAAAGAUGCUUUAUUAACAAAUCAAGAAUCAAUAAAUUCGAUAUCUUUAAAAGGUAUUGAUAAUUUUACUGGUUCCAAAAAAAAAACUAUAAAAGGAAGAAAUAAUGAAGUGUUUAUGAAAAACAAAAAAGGAGUAAUCAAAAGUGCAUUUAAAAAAAAGAGAAAUCAAACAUUAUUACAUGUAGAUAAAUUAAAAAAUAUUAAAAUUAAGAAAGGUUUAAAAGAAGAUAUGGAAAAAUUGAAAUUUGUAAGAAUUUUGUUAUUUGACAAUAUAGCUGUUUUGUUUAAAUAUUUUGGAAAUAUCCUUUUAAAAAAAAAAAAUGAAAGAUUGGUUACAUCACACAAGGAUCAUGAUAAUAUAAUAGAUGAAAAUAUAAAUAAUGACAUGUUAAAUCAUCCUGAUGUAAAUAUGUGUACAUCUCUAAAUAAUAAUAAUAAUAAUAAUAAUAAGAAUGUAUAUUCCAAAAAAGAUGAUAAUCAUCUAAAUAAAAAUGAAUUAUCUAUUUUGAAUGGUAUAUAUAUAGAUAAUAAAAUAUUGGAACAAAAUUUACCAACAUUAAUGAGAAAAGAAAGUAUUCUUCAAUUUUUUGAAUAUGUUACUCAUUAUAAUAUAAAUAAAUAUAUGAAGAAAUUUUAUUCCUAUUUAAAUAGUUUAACAUUUUAUUUAAAAGAAUGUAAAAAGUUAGAUGUGUCUUAUACACAUUCAUUGUUUUAUGAAAUUUUACCUAUCAUAAUGAAAUCGUUAUUUUUUAUAAAUAAGAAGGUUACAAGUAAAUUAAAAAAAAAUGAAUUAUUUAAACAUUUAGUAGAUAUAGGAAAAAGUAAUAUUAAAGAAUUUCUUUUUCAUGUUACCCCUGGAUUAGUUUUAGAAGAAGCUAAUUGUAAAAAGAUAUCUACAUAUAUUUUAUAUUUAUUAAUAAAAAAUUAUAAAAUUGAAUAUGAAUAUCAGGUACAGCUUUUUAGUAUAUGUUUAAUAUUAUCGAAUGCAAGUGAAAAGAACUUAUUAAAAGUUUUUAUAAAAUAUUUAUUGACAUGUAUAUAUGUUUUUAAUGAAGAUAUUAUAUUAAACAAUAUGAAAGAGUUAAUGAAACUUAUUAAUAAUAUAUCGCAAAAUAAAGCUUAUGUGUUUCUUAUUGAAAAAAUACUUUUUAAAUUAUAUGAACUUUUAGAGCAUGACGAUUUUAUAAAUUAUUUAUCUAAAUCAAGUAGAAAAAUAUUUAAUAAUAUGAUAAAAAAGAAUAAAAUUACCAAAAAGAUAAUUAAUGAUGAGGAAGAUGUUGAUACAUUUAAUGUUAAAGAUGGGAAGUAUAAAAAAAAUAUUUCAAAUGAAAAGAAAAAUUUCAAGAAAGUUAAAAAUGGAUAUAUAUCUUCAUCAUCAUCAAAUGAUGAAUCAUCAAUUGUAUCUGAUAAUAUAUCUACACAAUUUUCAUCAGAUAUGGAUGAUGAAGAAAAUUUAAAUGAAGACAUAAAUAGGUUGAACGUAAAAAUAAAUGGAACAUCUACUAAAGGUGAUAAAGCAAAUAAAAUAAUGUCAAUGAAAAAAAUAAAGAAAAGUACAAAAUAUAAAAAUAAUAAUGUAAUUACCAAUUUUUUGGAAGGAUUACAUAAAUAUAGGGGUGAAAAAGAAACUGUCUUUGUUAAAGACAUUUUGGAUGAACUUCAUUUAAAUAAAAAACAACAACAGAAUAAAAUAAAAGGUAAAAAAAAUAAAAAUACUAAAUCAAUAAAAUACAAUCCUUAUAUUAUCGAUUUAUUACAUGAUUUACAAAAAUCAGCUUUAAAGAAAAAAAAUAAUAAUCUAAAUAUGUCUUAUACAAAUCAAAAUGAAAUUAAAGAAUUAUUCGGUGAUAAAUUUUUCAUGAAACAAAAAAAAAAUAAAUCUAAAUUAAAUAUGAAAGAAGAUGAUUAUUAUAUCGAUUCAGAUCAAGAAGAAAAUGUCCAUAUGAAUAAUGAUGGGAAAAUAAUUAUUCGUUUAGAAGAUGAUAAUUCUUUUUCAAAUAACAAAAAGAAAAAACAUUAUGAUGAAAUUAGUAAAAAAUAUAAUGAUAUAUGUGAAAAACAAAAUAUACAUAACAAAUUUAAACUUUAUAAUAAUAAAUCCAAGAAAAACAAACCAAAGAAUGAUCACUUUAUUACAGCACAUAAAGAUAUAUAUAAAUCUAAAAAAGGUAAAGGAGAUAUUAUUAAAAAGAAUAAAUUAUUACCUUAUUCCUAUGUAGCUCUCAAACCUGUUAUGACAAGUGAGAAAUAUAGUGCCAAAACUCUUAAGACAUUUAAAUCAAUUAAAAAUAAUUCAAAGAAAAAGGGAAAAAAAUAA